CUUCGCCAUAGUAGGAUGCGGAGGCGGAACUUCCGGGUGAUGGAAAGUUGUCAACAGUUUCAACAGGAGGAGAAUUAAUCUGUAAAUCUGAGUUCGUUAGUGUCGCUUUAAAGAAAAUCCAGUCAGAAACUGCGCAAGAGGAGCGAAGCCGCGGCGUUUCUGCGGCGGUAGAUUCGUAGAUUAUUGUGCGGAUCUGAUGCGAAUUGAUGGAGAAUAAACAAACUUCUCGGGGGUUUUCGCAGCAUGUGAGCUGAGUCUUUACUGUGUUAAAGUUCACAAAAUCUACAAGUUGACUGUUUGAAGGGAUUACAGACUCACUUUAAGGGGCUAAUUCACAUUUCUGGGGGGCUCGGGUUCGAUCCAGAUCCAGACAUCUCUUCUGCGCGGGUUUGCCUGCUCGUGCUGGUUCUUCGCGAUUUAACUGCUCUGAUUCCUGUCAUCUGUUGAGCCGAUGCGGGUUAGUUUGCUGUAAGUAAAUGUCAGGUUUCACUGGUGUUGUGCAAUGCUUCUGUAUGUGUUCAGUGUUUGCUUUAGGCGAUAGAGGAGCGCGCUCGGUGACGUCACUGGUGACGCGGAACGUGCGGGAUUCUGCUCUGAAUCAAAUCUGACUCCGGUUUGAAUUCGAAUCAACCCGUGCAUCCAGAACUGUAAUAGGCGUAGUUUGAUUAUAUAUAUAUAUGCGUGUUUUGAAUAAUGCUUGAAAUCAAAUAUGCGACAAUACUGUAACAUUUACCUCCGGUUAAACCUAAUCCCAGACCAAAAUCUAAAUCUGAGCUGUUUCAACUGAAAGAAACUUGCUCUGACUGAUCUUAAAAUAUAUCAGUGCCUUUAUUUUGUCUCAAGAUGCACACCAGUAAUGUUUUUUUCUGAGGCACGUUUAUAAAAAUUACUUAAAUGGAGCUAUGGCCUAAUCCUGGCUUAGUCUAAACCCAUAGAGUUGAUUUUACACUCGCUCCAGUUUUAAUUUGAGGUUUUAUGCAUGAUCUUUUCUAACUUUUAUCCAAAUAUGAUGCCAUAACUGUAACAUUAAGAGUGAAAUUUUUAUAAGUUCAGCACAAAAUUGCUGAAGAUUUCCACUUGUUCCAGUUUUAAUUUGAAGUUAAAUGCAUGAUCUGGUUUUAAUUCAAAUCUAUUUAGCAAUACAAGUUUUGUGCUGUAAGUGUUUUUAGAUUUUGUAGAAAAUUGCUGAAUGUUUUCUCCUGCUGUAGUUUUAAUUUGAGAUUUAAAAGCGUGCUCGUGUUUCAUUCAAAUCAAAUGUACAGGCAAAGCUAACAUUCAAAGUUUAAUUCUAUUUAAGUUGUUUGAGUUUCUUGCUCUAGUUUUAAUUGAAGUUAUAAAUGCAUGAUCAAUUUUUUAGAAUUUUGAAUUUACAAAUAUUAAUUUUCUAUUCAGGUUUUACUCUUCAAGUUGCUGACUUUUUUUUUAGCUUUUCUCAAUUUGAAGUUAAAUGCAUGAUCUGGUUUUAAUUUGAAUCAAAUGAGCAAUACAAGUUUUACUCUCUACGUGUUUUUAGAUUUUGCACAAACUUUUUCUCCUGCUUCAGUUUUAAUUUGAGGUUAAAAGCAUACUCAUUUUCGUGCAACAUUUACAGUUUAAUUAUACUUAAAAUGUUUGAGUUUGAAGUUAAAUGCAUGAUUCACUUUUAUUUUGAACCAAAUGAGCAGUCAGGACCGUAACUCCAGGCACUGAGAUUGAGUUUGAUUCUUUGCAGAUUCUGCUCUAAAAGUUGCUGAGUUUCUUGUCACCGUUUGGGUUUUUAACAUACAGGUCACUGUUAACGGAAACAGAACUUCUUGUUUUUGUAGUUACCAAACUUGUCCUGCAGACCUAAAAUGAUGUCCUGACACGUUCAGGCCUUGAGCUGCAGUAAGAAACCAUGUAAAACGCCCUACUUAUGGUGUUUAUUUCCUUACCAUCUCUUGGAUAGGCUGUUAGAUCUUGACAGAAUCAGAUCUGUGCAUGCAUGGCGAUCGGGAGUCUCUGUAUUGUGUCCUGAGCUGUGAACACACAUAUUGCACGACUGCCAGAGGAAACAGCCAUCAGAGCCGAGACUUGCGCAACCGCUGGGCAGAGAAACUGCUCUUGUUACUGUACUGGCUGCAAUUACACUCGAGACAGCCGCAGGGAGAAGGAGGACAGAGCCAAGUGCAAUGGAAUAAAUUUGUUUAACUUUUUGGUUUUGACAGAUUUUACCUGGGAGUUCACCUGAGGACAGAGAAUAUGAUUUAUCUGAUCCAGAUUGACCGGAGAGACUGAGUGGAAGAAAAUCAGUCUUGCUUUGGAAUGGUUAGGACAUUGGUUUCUUAGAGCUUUUUGCCGUUUGGUUUCUACUGCAAAAUUAUGAACAAAGAUCGAGUUUGGAGCGCUUAACGUCACACCGCUCGGUCCAGAAUGAGUGGCGGAAAGAAACGGAGCGGUUUUCAAAUCACCAGCGUCACGUCGGACUACAAUCAGGGUUCUGGAGAAAACCAUGCAGCGGAGCUCCUCAGCCCUGGAACUCAAAGAGCCACGCCCCCUUCUGCCAGAAACCCCGCCCGUGGGAGGAGCCCCAGAAGCCAGACUGCAUCGCCCACUCAAAUCCUAUCCAAUGGGCUGUCUCUGCGCCAUAACCCCGCCCUCCAGAUGCAACAGAGCUCCAGUCAGCCGACCACGCCCGUCACAGCUAGGAAGCAAAGUUCGCUGGACGGGGCGUCGCGUUUCCGCGUUGUGCGUUUGGAUCAAGGCCCGGGCGAGCCGUAUAAACGCGGCCGCUGGACGUGCAUGGAUGUGAUGGAGAGGGAAGUCGAGGAGCGAGGGUUACGCCGCGUGAUUGACAGCAUGAGACACGCCCACUCGCUGGAGUCCUUAGAGACGGUUGGGCUGGGCGGAGCUGAAGGAGCAGUGGGCGGAGCCAGACUCAAACCGUUGGGCGUGCAGGCAGGUCACAUGGUACACUCGCAGGGCACCACCCACCUGCUGACCCAAUGCCUGACAGACUCCGCCCACAGCGGCCCGCCCUCGCCCACACACGACACGCAGCCAAUCAGGUCGCCGAUCACGGCCCGGAUGCGCAGCAUACCUGCCCCACUACGAUUCGACAUGGACGCCGUCGGCAAGCUCCGGACCACCCGCUCGCAGCCGGCGUCGCCCGGACCUCAUCUGGGUCGGGACAGUCCCUUCUAUCCCGUGCUGACGCCCAUCCAGACGCCGUCCGCACUCGCGCUGGCGCAGUCCAUGUUCGGCAUGAGCCAAGCGUUUGAGUUUGUAGGAGACGACGGCGGAACUAACAGCAGCAUGAUCGCCAUCGACAACAAGAUCGAGCAAGCCAUGGACCUGGUGAAGUCUCACCUGAUGCUGGCGGUUCGAGAGGAGGUGGAGGUGCUUAGAGAGCAGAUCAAAGAGCUGUCGGAGAGAAACGCUCAGCUGGAGAGAGAAAACUACAUCCUGCGGGCGCUCCGGGACAGAGACUGAGCCAAGUGCAUCAUGGGAGAUGUAGUUCAGCGAGAAAAGGGACGGAACGGUUGAACGUGUGCUGUAUUGAGCGAUGAGUGCCUUAAAACGCAGUAACGACUAAUCAAGAAAUCAUUUAAUAAUGUUGAUUUUGAUGACACCCUAAACAGUGCCUAUAUUUAUUACUGUCAGUCUGUGUGUGUGUGUGUGUGUGUGUGUGUGUGUGUGUGUGUGUGUGUGUGUGAAAGCACAACUAGGUUAAUAAGUCUCUUUAUGUUGCCAUGGUUACACCAGGACUGGUUGGGAUUUAGUUGAGUUAACUCUCUCUCUGUUAGCUGAAUAAUGAUUGAUCUGUAGUGCAUUACGACUGCUCUAAUAAAUAACUCUCACUACUCCA